AUGGCGGCUCCAGAAUGCGACCUACCACCCAUACCCGCCAAUAUCCAGCAAAUUGCGGGGCCGAUCCCCGUUUCCACCUUCUCGCCGGACCCUCAUGCAUCAUGCCGCAUCCUACAGCUCCUUGGGUCGCAGCUGAACUGGUUCUUCUUCGGCGUCCUGUCUGUUCAGAUGUACAUGUACCACCAAGCGAAGUUCAAGGAUAACACCUUCAUUCGUUCGGUCGUCUGGUUCAUGUACCUGUUCGAGGUACUCCAGACGAUCUUGCUCACGCACGAUACCUUCCACCAACUAGCAAUAAGCUUUGGAAACAUGACGGGCCUGCUGAAGCCCUAUCUCAUUGGGUUCGAGCUACCAAUACAGUCCGCGAUCAUUGCGUGCAUCACACAGUGCUUCUAUGCUUGGCGGAUCUACGUCUUGAGUAACUCGAAGUACCUGCCAAUCCUCAUCGUCGCGUGCGGCGGCGGCAUUGCUGAGGGCGUUGCGUGCUUCGUUUACCAAACAACGUCAGCAGACAUUCCGUUCGAAGCGAAAGCGGUGGCGGUCUGGAUUGCGGGAAGUGCAGCUUGCGACAUCACGAUUACGAUCAUCAUGGUGUUCUACCUGACGAGACGUCGGAGUGGCAUCCACCGUACGGAUAGCAUAGUCAACAAGCUCAUUCAGGUCGUCGUCGAGACGGGUCUUGCGACGGCUACGAUGGCAAUCGUUCAGCUUUGCAUGUACCUCAUCAUCCGGGACACGACGUACUACCUGACGCCAGCGUCCAUCCUCCCGAAGGCGUACAGCAACUCGUUGCUCGUGCUGCUGAACAACCGGAACGUGCUCCGCAAGCAUGCCGAGGGCACCAUCACGAUCCCUUCCGCACACAGCCACACAGGGUCGCAGGGCCGCAGACCGAUCCAGGUGAACAUUGCGCAGGAGUCGUACAUCGACAACCCGAACAUUGCGAUGGUGAACCUUUCCACGGACAAGUCUCACAUGGAAGACUUCGGGAUGGCGAAAUAG